AUGGCGAGCGCGACCGCGAGAGAGCGGUACGCCAAGCAGAACGAGGGGGAGCAGCUGCGGCGGGCGUUCGACAAGAUAGACAAUAAGAAGGACGGGAAGAUCGAUGCCCAGGAGAUCGCGGACCUGUUCAAGGACCUGGGCCACCGCUGCGCCAAGAAGGACAUCGAGGACAUGAUUUGGGAGGUGGACGAGGACUGCGACAAGGCGGUGAACUGGGACGAGUUCCGCGGCAUGUAUUACCGGUGCCGCGAGGACAAGACGGGGUUCGAGCCGCGGCGCCUCUACAACGUGGUCGAGUUCCUCAUCAACGACAAGGACGGCUCGGGCGACGUGUCCGUCGAGGAGGCCCAGCAGAUCAUGUACCUGCGCUACGGGCGGCAGGCGCUCGACCAGAUGCUCACCGAGCUGUUCGGGACCGCGGACAUCCACUCGGGGAAGAAGCUCAGCCUCUCCGAGUUCCUCCACGCCCUCCACGUCUCCCAGAUCAAGUUCCUGUCGAACCGACGCAACAAGGCCGCCAAGUAG